AUGGAGUUUGGAGUACCCCCCCUGGGAAAUGAUGCAGCGGGGAGAAUCGAGUUCACCCCGGAGUACGUGCACGGGUACUGUGGGGGCAGAAAUAACAUUCUCAAGUUCGCCAGUAGAAAGGUCAUCUACCCCGUUGACAAUUUGGUCGUCGUGUACGACCUGCUGGACAGAGUGCAGUCCAUCUUUGCGCAGCACCUGAAUGAGGUGACCCUGGUCAGGUGCAGAGAAAGCGGCAGAACUGUCCUGAGCGCAGAGGAGAGCAACAGCCACGUGAGGAUACACCUAUGGGACAAGCACAACUUUAAAAUUUUAGCCAAAAUAAAGAUAAAGAAGAAGCACUUUCUCGAUCUGGAGUUUUUAAACGAUGGGGACAUUUUCCUUCUGUGCAAGUGCGCUGGCAGGUUAGUCUGUUUGGUUCUAUCCGUGGAGGGUUGCCGCGACGGGGGGGUGCGUCUCAGGCGGAGCGGCGCGUGCGUGCUGAAGGGGGAAGAGGGGUGUUACGAAGCGGCGCAGCGGAGGGGAAGACAUAACGCGGAAGGAGAAGAAGUAGAUGGUGAUGGUAACCGCUGCAUCCACGGGGAAGUCAUCACAAAGCUUGGGAGACGCCGCAUGGCAAGAGCAGCUACCGGGGGGAGCAGUGCUGUCCGACUGUUCAGGCAAAAGCGCUCACGAAAUGACGCACACGUAAUUGCCAGCCGAAGGGCAGAAGGGGCUACUCCUGAGAAGUCCUACUUUAGGAAGAUAACCGUGGCAGCUGCGGCAAACUUCGUGCAGAUGGAAGAGCGCAGAAAAGGGGGCCUUCCACAUUAUGAAAUAACGUUUGUAAUCCCAUUUGUGAAGGAGAGAAAAAGGUCCAACAGGCUGCUAACCGAAUUUAGGGUGUCCAUACCGAUUGACAAUAAUGUGUGCGUAUACAACGGGGAGUACAUGCUGGCUUACGUGAUGAAAAAUGGCGUCCUUUACGAGAGGUUGAGAAAUGAACGCGUUAGCAGUGCCUCAUUUUUAAAUGAUGGGAGCUUUUCCAGAGCAGAUCAGGGCCUCCACUUUUUUUCCCUCCUGUCGAUGGACCUAUUUAUGAAUGGCUUAAGUUUGUGUAACCUCUCAGGUGGAGGCAUCACCUGUGAGGGGAAUCUCCCCAAUGAAGGUCCACUAGCGAACGAGGAGCAGCUUAACAGGAGAAAAUGUGUGACUAAUCAGUUUGACAAAUUCUUAGGCGAUGAAAUUACUGCCCUCGCGGUUAUCACUUGUUUGUGUGUAAACGAGGGUGACAACAUAGAUGCUGUUUUGAGGCUACAGGGGGGAGUCCAGCAUGGCGGCCGAAACGUCAACCCGCAAGUGCACCAUCAAAAAAGGGGAAAUGCGAAGAAGGCCCACCGGAGAAGCAAAAAAAUCCUCGUGGUGGGGUCCAAACGAGGCGUAAUCAUAACCGUAAAUUUUCGAAGACCCCACAGGGUAGAGCAUCUAAGGAAGGUCUCCUCCGACGGGAUUGUCUCAAUUUUUACUCAUCAAAAUUGGGUAGUGGUCCUGAGCUGUUCCGGGGUGUUACAUUUUUUGGGGAUGCCCAACUAUGAGAUGUGCAAAUCGGUUGACAUAUUUCGCUCGGGGGGUGGAGACUCUCCCUCUGUUGGUAGCAGCAGAUUGUCGAGCAUGAGAGGCACGUCCGAUUGGGCGCUCCUGGAGAGGGGAUCUCUAAAUUCGUUCGGAGGAAGCCCCCCUAGUAGCAGGAGUGGCGUCCACAUGGGAGACAUCCCAACAGGUAGAUCAGCUCAGAAGAAGGGAGAGACAUCCUCUGGAGGGUUACCUUCCUCCGUUAAGAAGAGCCCACCCCUGAGUGACAAGGAGAGCAAAAGGACCGUAUGCGCGCCUUGCCUGCUAGACAUUUACACCCUCGUGUUGGGGACCUCAAACGACGAGAUGGUUCUCCACAAUUUGAUUUCCAAUGAGAUGUGUUCAAUUUAUCAAAACAGGAAAAGGAUAAACUGCUUCACGUUAGACACUGAUCAUAUGUUUUACAAUGUAGAAAGGGGUCUGUACAAAAUGAGCUUAUUUAAUUAUAACACCCCCGUGAAGGUGGUGACUCUAACGGAGGGACCCAUUUCAUCCUUUGUGUUCCUCUCAAGUGGAAUGUUAAUAUGCGGCACGGCGAGGGGUAGUUUGUUCUUCUUCGCCGUUUUGAAGGGAGGCACCAAAGUGAUUAACAAGAUUCAUAUGAAGGAGUUUACCACAGCAGGGGUAAGGGGGGCGCGCUGCGUUAGGGGCAUUCCCAACAUCCCUUGUGUAAACAGCCGAGUAGGAAGAUACGAUGAGCAGGAAGAGGGUCCCAAGAAGGGGAACCCAAACGAAGUCAUAUGUUCAAUCUGUGAAAUGGUACCUAAUGGGAGAGUGGCCAAACGAAGGAACGAUGGAAGGAUGAAUGGAUUGUCCCCUCGGGAGGAACAAAUCAGUUGGCUAGUCCUGAACAACGCAAAGAAUAUACUCUUGUGUGCAACUGAACGGUGCAUCUAUCUGUUCAGGAUCCACGUGGGGGGAAAUGAAAAGGUCGACUUGAGGUACCUCAGAUGCCUCCAUUUUGAGAGCACCAUUGUUCAUGUGAAUUUGGUCCAAAAUUAUGACAACUUGUUUUACGUGGCAGUGAGGGAGGGCAUUCACAACUCGAGUGGUGGGAACCGCUACAGCUACCACUUGUGCUCCUUUAGCGGAGCUAAGAGUAGGAGAGCCAAAAUGAUUGACCUGUACAGGAAGGUGCUGCUUGAAAGUACUCAGCUUUGUCCGUUCCUUCACCCACGUGAGGGGCGUUUUGACCUGCUAAACGAUAAAUCUGUCUGCCUUUUGAGUCCUUACACCUUUGCGGUGUAUUCCUGCACCGUUAGGAAGACUCCCAAGCGGGACCAGGCAAACGUGCAAAGAGGGGUGAGCAGCCACUUAAGCUGCGUUACCUCCUGGGGAGGAGAAUUAACCACCGAAGGGAAGAACCGCUCCAAGGAAAGGCCCACAGUUUGUCCCUUCGGAAAGGCCCGCAUGGGUGGUAGCCUCUUUUGGAAAAGCGGGAGGACGGAUCGUAGCGGUCCAGGUGAGUCGACGAUCCGUCAAGCGGCGCAGCGCGGUAAAGAAGACAUCCAUAAAGCGCCGCUUAAAAAGGACCACCGCGGUAAGCACAAGCCAAGACGCGAAGCAACUCUGAAGGGGCCUCCCAACUUGAGCGUAGAUAACAACCAGGCGAAGAAAAGGCAAGAAGAACUCAGAGGAAAAAAAAUGAAGGACUACACAAAAUAUAAACUGUUGAGGAAUAUUUUGCAAAAAAGGACCAGCCUGGAGAGCGAUGGGUUCUUCCUACACGCUAAUCGAAACGGGGCACUCGACACGGGGGAGAGGUAUGAAACGCAUGUGGGAGCCCCCCCCAGUGAAGCUCUCAAAGAGGAAGAAAAAAAUACUAGUCUAGGGGGGUAUAACGGGUACAUUCAGGUGAACGAGGAGGAGGAGAAGUGGAAGGGGCCAAUUUCCAACCGGUGCAACGGAGACGCAACUGAUCAGAACGAAGUUACACGGAGGACAACCCUCAGGGGGUGGAGUCCAGAAGACUCUGUAAAAAAAUAUUUAAGGAAGUACUUGGGUGUCGUCAUUGCGCACGAGGGUGAGGAGACGGGAAGGACGAGUAACGACGCUGAGGAAGACCCGGACGGCGCCUCUGCUGGUGACAAACAGGCGGUAUAUUUUCCCCUAAGCGAAGGAGUCACUGGCAAGGUGAGCACGCGAAAAUCACACAUAGGGAGUAGCAACACCCAGGGAGGUACCCCCAUACAGGGCAUAUCCGUUAAACCGUUUCGGGGGGAUAACGAAGUUGGGAAAACAAAGCUGAAAGGGAAGAAAACGCUUAUUUGUGAAAAAGCUCUUAAUGGAGGUUUCCCGAGGGGCAUUCCCCACAAUGGGGCGAGGUGCAACCAUAGGGGUGACGAAAAAAGGGAAACACGUAGUUAUUAUUCCGCACAGGCAUAUGAUAAACGUGAAGUGUGCCUAAACAGUGGAGAUGCCCUCAGAGGGGGGAGACCCCCUAUUGGUGACUACGCAGAUGGGAUAAACAAAGACGUUAAGCUGAACAAUCACACGCAGCGUAUGUUCGAUGGACAGGGGGGUAACGCAAAGUGCAACCCUUGUGGUGUGAAGAAGGGGAGAAACGGCUCCAGCACAAUUUCCACGACGAACCAAAAAAGCGAUCCCAAAAAAAUUUGCCGCAUGACAAUAGAGAAUGAUAAAAUAAAGCCAGGAAAGGCACCUAAGCAGGUGGUACUACGCCAGAUGGGGAAAAACAUUCAGUCGAGAGAGAAUGCAGAGGUGAAGCACCCUUUUAAUAUGUGCAAAAUUCGAGAGAAAGAAAAAGUCGAUGGGAGGAAGACUCCCCUGGAUGACAGGGUUAUUACCUCACCACGGGACUGUACAAAUGUGUAUAUUAAGGCCCCAUUUGCGAUUAACUCGAUUGAAAUUGUGCCUGAUCAUAGGUGA